GUACGUCACGCACAGCAGGUGGCGCGCGCGACAGAUGUUAAGAUCGAGGUGUUUUUUUUUUGUAGUUGUUGCAAAGCCUACCUACUCUCAUCGCAAGCAGGAGGGGCACGAGAGGUUCUAUCGUUAUGGCACGAACCGAUCCGUUAUUGUCGCGCGCGAAGGGGGGUAAGCGUUCGCUGUUCGGAUUGGUCGGUGUUGCGACGAUCGCCGAGUGGAGUGGGGUUUGCGCCGUAUCCGCUGCGCCUCGAGCACUCGGACAGUACGGGCAAGACAAGACCGAACGUGUGAGGGACUAUUUAAAUGUUCUGAAUUUUCCACAUUGAGGGCCUUUGCGAUAACGAUUUUCUUCAUUGAGCACGUUCCUUUUUAAAAAGCAAAUAAGAAUUAAACUCCGUAGUUGACGUAGGGACAGAUUAGGGUACGGAAUAUUUGAUAAAAUUGCCGUCAAUGGAGGAGAGAUCCGUACGUUGAGAUAACAGGAGGUCCCUUCUAACAGAGCGUGAUAUAAUUCAGUAUUUUGUAGACGAUAUCGUGCUUUGCGACUCAUGCGAGUCUGACGUCAGAUCAUCGUCAUCGUGAAACCGAAACCGAACGUUUGAGAAACAGAAAGAGAAAAAAAAAAGAACGGUCCGAGGUUGCCGUCAUAAUCUUUUAUUAGACUCGUGCGAUUUUGUGAAGAAUCCUCUUCCUCCAAUAUGGCGUAAAGGCGUGUCCGUCGAAAUAAGCAAGUCAUCCGUUUUAUUCAUUGGACUAUUUUAUGUUUCGUUGCAGACACGAUGAAUUUAUAUUCGGUCUUAAAAUUACCCUGAGACUUCGUAGAAUAUCAACAAAAUGCCACGCAUUGAUCCUCUUUCAUUACUAAAAUGCCUCAGUGUUUUAUUGAGUCCGGCGGGAGGCAUUAAAAGUAGAGAAGAAGUUAAUCGGUUAGCCAAUCUAAUGACGAAGUUUUCGAAGAAACUAGUUUCAAAAUGCAUUUACAUCCAAAUUCUGAAAACUACCAAUACAGACUUGCUUAGUCAAUUUAUGAGCGCCGGUGGAUGGAAUCUCAUCCACACGUGGCUCACAGAUGGCAUUCUUGCCAAAAACUGGGCUCUGAUAAAAGAACUUUUGGAGCUUUUGCUUCUUUGUCCCGUUGAUAUCGAACGGUUGAAGAGCAAUAAUUGUCCAAAGUUGAUCAAGGGUUUGUCGAAGGAAGGUAGUCACCAGGAAGUACGGACGUUAGCCACUCGGCUUGUGGAGCAAUGGCUGAAGAUUGUAAAAGGUGAAGCAGCGCCGAAUUCAGUGCCAGCUCAAAUUAUGACAGUUCCAGUGCAUCCAACUACCACUGUGCAAGCCGUGGUAGUACCUUCGUCUCAGCAAGAACAACAAAAACAACAGCAUUUUUCGGUAAACGUUCAACAAGUCGUAGACGUUGCCAAGAAUGCAACUGUUCACGUGGACAGUUUCAAGCUCGUGGAACAACCCGUGAACGCUUCAACAAAUCAAAUAAUUCAGCAAGAGCAAGAGAAACUGCAUCAACAGCAUGAAAGGCUACCGCAAGUGGUACACGUUGUUGGGAAGAGUCAGCAAGUGCAGCAGCCAGCAAAUACGACGCAACAACCAUGUAAAAAACAAUCUUUUGUUGUUGUAUCGUCUUCCGCGCCGUCGGUGUCUUCCGCGACGUCAGUUUACAAGAUCACCAUUCGCGACGGUAAACAGGUCCUCACCAAAGUGGAGACGGACUCUGCUAAUAUAAAUAGCGUUGUAAAUAUAUCUGAUGUAAGCACGAAAGUUAAAAGUGAAAAACUCGCGGACACUACGCUCUUUGUGAAGGAAGAGGCCAAGCAAGAAGACGAAGUGAAAGAAACGGAACAGAGUGGCAGUGCAAAUAGUGCUCGAGACGACGCGGUUGAUUUUGAGCAAUUAGAUGACUCGAAACACGUUCUCAGUGAAGUGAAGGACACUGUAGAUGCUUUGAGAGAAACUCAAGAAGAUAUUAAAGACAAUAAAGAUUCGAAGGACACUGUGAGUGGUGAUCUCGGUAAGUCUAGUGACAAGGAAAGUAGAGACUUUCAUAAAAAAGAUGACAAAAAAUCUAGUUCCGACAAGAAAAGUAGUAGUCAUCAUCAUAGUUCAUCGUCCAAGAGUUCUUCGAAACACAGUUCUGGUUUACAUCGCAGCAGCUCUCAUAAAUCCAGCAGCCAUCGAUCCGGUAGUUCCAAAAGUUCCAGUUCUAGUAAAGAUAGGUCUUCCAAGGACAAACAUCACUCAAGCUCAUCUAGUAAACACAGUAAUAAUAAUAGCUCGAGUAGGAGCAAAACAGACCGGGACAAGGAACGGGAAAAGGAGAAGGAAAAGCAAAAGAAAGAUCAAGCAGAAAAGGACAAGGCAACUCUGGAGAAAGUGCAGGGUCAGGCGUUGAGUUCUAAAUUAGGAAAGAUACCGAAGAAACGGGCAGAAGACGAAAAGGAAAUUAGCGGAAGAAAAACCUCGACUGAGUCCCGGGACAGUUCGAGGGACAAUAAAGAAAGGACGGAAAAGACGGACUCGAAGAAGGACACAGCUGUAACUAAAGUUAGCGAGAAGAAGAACAUAUCAAUUUCCAUCGAGAGGAAAAACAGUCAAGACUCAGCACCGCGGCCGAAAACUGUGAAGACGUUUAAUUCGAAGUUUAGAUCCACGGGUUUGGAGGAAGAAAUAAAGCCACCACCGCCUAGAUCGAAAAAACCGAAUCUCGUCGUUGAUAAGAAAGUUCUACCACCGAAAUUUCCUUUAAAGAGGUCAUCGCCAAUCAGAGAAGCGGCUCCACUGCUCGAGAAACGCAUGAAACUGUCACUGGACCAACCAACCACGCAAUCAAACGAUGAGAAGAAAGGAGGAAUAAAGCUGAUACCGCCAAAACCAAAACCGAUGGUGCUGCAAGAAAGCGACAUGUUUAUGGAUGCCCUCACCGCGUCCACCAAGCGCCAGGAGCCGAGGAAACGGAAGCGCAAAACUUCAAUCACCAAGGACGGUGCCUCCGAGAGCAAGAAGCAGGAGGUCGCUAAUGCCGAUAAUCGCGAGGGCACACCACCCUCCGGUUCGCCUUCGCACGCGGAGGAAAAAUUGCCGCUCGCUAUCAAACCCAAUCUCAAGUUCUAUCAAGAUACGCUCGAAAUAGAGGAGGAUAAAGAUCAAAAAGAAAAAGACAAUAACGAUGAGGAUGCGAAGACAGAUAAAGACCUUGAGGAUGAUAAAUAUAGUAAAGACGACGACGAUACUGGAAGUAACACGCCAACACCCGAGGAGGACAUAGAAGACGUAACGAAAGAUUCCGAAUCUCCGGAAGAUGCGUCCUCGGACUCGUCGAAGAAGGACAGUUCCUACCCUGAAAUACGAUACGUGGACGGGCUUAGAAGCGUGUUAUUACUUCAGAAACGUAAAGGACCGAAAAAAGUGUUGAAGUGGAAGACGGAUCUGGAAUCGAUACGUUACUUCGAACUGGACGAAACGGAAAGGGUCAAUGUAACGAAGACAUUCACCGAUAUGAAACAGAUAGAGAAACAAAAUGAAAGAGAAGCAUUCCAGAUGGCCAGAAAAUUACAUAACGAAGAUCUGAUGGAAGAGAGAACUAGAUGGAAACCUCUGAUUCCCAUCGAUUUACCUCCUCCGUUGGUGGAGCCAGGAAAAAAUAGCAAAGAGAAAGAUAUUCAAUAUGCUCGCGAAAAAGGAAUUCUUCAAGCUCUUUACUUUAACCGAAGCAUGAUUCCAGACUCUGCGGCAGAACCUGACGAAGAGCGACACCACGUGUUGACCGAACCCCAGAUAAUACCGCUGGACGAUCUUACGGGCAAUAAAGAGAGUGAAAAGGACUUCACUUCGGUACCAUGGCCUGAACCUAAACCACAAUUGCCACCGCAACCUUCCACUGUGACAACGUUCCAUUAUCAAACGACAUUCCCGCAUAGUCAGCAAGCGAUGAUGACGCCCAUGGGUCCUCAAUCGACGAUGGGCCCGAUGUCUCAAAUGCCACAUCAAAUGAUGGCUCCCACACACAUUUCUCCUAUGAAUCAAGAGAUGGCAGGAUCGACAAUCCCAGCGGCCACUGGCGGCGGAUGGAGGACGGGCGACGGCAAAGUUCUCGUACCAGAUGUUAACAUAAAUCAAAUGAGCAUGUCAGGUGGAUAUCCAAAUCAAGGAAUGGAAGGUGCGCCAAUGGUUCCGUCGGGAAUGAUAGGUCCGCCACCUAUGUACAAUCAACAACAAGAAGGCUAUCCAGGGAUGAUGUGUCCAGAUGAGAUGGCAUACAACAACAUGAAUCCGAACAAUUUUCAGGGCCCGCCUGGACCGAUGUUCGGUCCUGGCCCGAACUUUCCGGGACCGAGAGGCGCGCCUAUGCUCAACCGAGGAAGAGGUGGUCCAGGCUGGGGGUAUCGCGGAGCCGCCAGAGGUGUAUGGAGGGGUGGUGGUGGUGUUUGGCGGGGUAGCGGAAAGCAACCUCCGGUGUGUAGACAAUUCUCAAAAAAUGGUUACUGCCGAGUAGGUGACAAGUGCCAAUAUCUUCAUCCUGGUGUCAAUUGUCCACCAUUUUGAAGGACAGAGAAGAAAAUCUUAAGUUUUUAGAUGAAAUUCCGAUGUUUCCCGAUUUUUCGGAAAACAUUUCAGACAACGGCAUUUUCACGUUAAAAAUACCAGUUCUCAUGGGAAUAUUGCAGUUCAAACAACGCUGAACACGGGACUUGAAUGGGUGAUACCAUCAAGUGUUGUCCGUGUGCUGUUGUCUGAUAGGUCAAAAUCCACCUGAAACUGCAAGUCUCGAGCCGGGAUUCUGAUUGAUACAGAAUCCCUUCGAUUGAAGUUAGACUGGUAUGAGCACUCAAGUCAUUUUAAUAACCAAUGACUUGUAACGACCAAUUGGAUUCCAAUCUUUGAAGGCGAAGACUCCGAAUCAAGAUGGAAAGUCGAAUAGUGGAAAGAAAAAAACUGGAAAGAAACUGAAAUCAGACGUACCAACGUCUUUUUUUUUUAUGUACACGGUUGAUUUUCUCUGGAAUACUUAUGGAUUUGACCGAACAACUCGCUUUUCUAACCGAUGAGGCCUAUGAGCUACGCAUAUAUUAUGUUUGCUCUGGAGUCAUGCAACACCAGACUAGGAUUAGACAUUUAAACAACUCGUUUUAGAAAAGCGAGCGCGCAUUUGAACAUGCGAAUGCAUAAGAAAAAACAACUUUCAACGUGAAGUGUUUUUUUUUUUUUUUUUCACAAAAUUCACUGCAUGGUUAUAUUGAUUUUCGAAUUCUGUUGUUUAAUUCAUCGUUACGCGCUUAUAAAAGAAAAUUUUGUAAAUAUUGUCACUUCAAUAAACUAAUCGGAUAUUCAGUCACACACACACACACACUUUGCACGAUAUUCGAUAUUAUUGGAUGAAAAAUACAAAUGUACAAUCGCGAAUAUAAUCAUGUCGAAUACAGCUGCUGGACAGCAGAAUAUUUUCCAUAAUCAAUUUCAGAGAAAAAGAGAUGAUACUUAAAAUCAUCAAUUUCAGUUCCCUAUUUUUUUUUCUUUCAAAAAUUAUGUUGCGCAGUAUCGUCUCUUAGCGUCUUCCUUUUGCGUUUGCAUAUGCGGUCACACUGCCGAGAUUUGUAAUUCUCUACGUGUAUUGUGUCUUUAGGGUAUAUUACUGACACGCUACCCUUGUGAAACAAUGUCGGUGGGGUUCGAAAUCCAUUGAAACAUCUAAGUAUCGCGAAGUUGCACACGGUGCAGAUAUAUACUUCGUUAAAGAGAUUCGGGGUAGCAGACAGGAACUUUGUUUUCCAAAGCCGUAAGUUUAGAAACUCUUCUUAACGGGAGAACUCGAUAGAGAUGUAACAUCGAGAGGAUGGGAUAGAGUUGCGAGGUAUUUGGUUAAGACCAAGACACAUUUUUUCAAAAAUUGACGAAGAACUGGAAUUGAAUUGUAGAACGCGCAAUUAUUGCUUCUUGUUCGAAGUUCUAAUUAUAAAAAAUUAAUUAUAAAGAGAGAUAAGAUAAAAUCUCCGAAAAAACUUCGCGUAACAAUAUGAAGCUUGUACUUUCUAAUAAUUAAGGCAAUAAGUUCUAACAACAAGUACACACGGAGUUUCUUCUCUGUAGAAACCGGAAUUCGCUUAUUACAUACAUACAUAAGUCAUACCUUAUUCUAAUGAGAGACUGAAAACUGCUAGUUUUAACAGAAUAUGUCGGUUAUUAUAUAUAUACA